AUAUAGACCUUGUUAUAUUCGUGUGUGUUCCGUGUAUUACGCCAGUUUGACUCGUUCACCGCUGUAAAAAAAUUCGUUAAAGACUGACAACAAAUUAUGGCAUCAAGAGAAAUAGAUUUGUCAUCAAAGUACACAACUACGCAUCACCAAAAAGUAAAAUAGACAAAACAGAGCUUGUCCUCACGCCUCUCUCUUUUCCCGGCAACAACUAACAACACUUUACCUUUCUCUCUAAGGCAAAACCCUUCUCUUCUUUCUCUUAUGUGACCACUCCUCCAUGCAUCACUCCUCCGCCGCCGUCUCCGGCGAACUCACAAAACCACCAACAGCUCCACUCCAACCACUUCUUGACUUAAUCACAAACGUCCUCUCCCUCCUCCUCCUCUCUUCCCUCACCGUCCGUUCCUUCAUCGGCCGUUGGCAAAUCCUCCGAUCCAAACUCUUCUCACUAAACUCAUCACUCUCUUCCUUAUCAGAAUCACCUCACUGGUCACAAAAUCCUCUCCUCCACACUCUCCUCCCUUCUCUCCUCUCAAAUCUCCAACGCCUCACUUCACUCUCCGACCAAUGCUCCUCCGCUUCAUUCUCUGGUGGUAAACUUCUCAUGCAAAGCGACCUCGAUAUCGCUUCCUCUUCACUCUCCACUCACAUAAGUGACCUUGACCUCCUCCUCAGAUCUGGUGUCCUCCAUCAACAAAACGCUAUCGUUUUAUCGCUCCCACCUCCAACUUCAGAUAAAGAUGACAUUGCUUUCUUCAUCAGAGAUCUCUUCACUCGUCUCCAAAUCGGUGGAGCUGAAUUCAAGAAGAAAUCUUUAGAAUCUCUUCUUCAACUUCUCACCGAUAACGAAAAAUCCGCAAGAAUCAUAGCUAAAGAAGGUAAUGUUGGUUACUUAGUCACUCUUCUUGAUCUCCAUCACCAUCCUUUGAUCCGUGAGCAUGCACUCGCCGCCGUCUCGUUAUUAACUUCAUCAAGCGUCGAUUCGAGAAAGACGGUAUUCGAACAAGGCGGAUUAGGUCCAUUACUAAGAUUACUCGAAACCGGAUCUCCACCGUUAAAAACAAGAGCAGCGGUGGCGAUUGAAGCUAUAACCGCCGAUCCAGAAACCGCUUGGGCUAUCUCAGCUUACGGCGGCGUCACCGUAUUAAUCGAAGCUUGUAGAUCAGGAUCUAAAGAAGUACAAGAACACAUCGCCGGAGCUAUUAGCAAUAUCUCCGCCGUUGAAGAAAUCAGAACAACACUAGCUGAAGAAGGAGCUGUACCGGUUCUUCUCCCUCUCUUAAUCUCCGGUUCAUCGUCGGUUAAAGAAAAGACGGCGAAUUUCAUCUCUUUAAUCUCAUCUUCCGGUGAGUAUUUCAGAGAUUUGAUUGUUAGAGAAAGAGGAUUACAGAUUCUGAUUCAUUUAGUUCAAGAAUCAUCAAAUCCCGAUACGAUCGAACACUCUUUGCUUGCUCUCACUCAAAUCUCCGCCAUGGAAACAGUUUCUAGGGUUUUAUCAUCAUCAACAACAUUCAUAAUCCGAUUAGGUGAAUUAAUAAAGCACGGAAACGUGAUCCUUCAACAGAUCUCAUCUUCUCUUUUAUCGAAUUUAACAAUCAGCGACGGCAACAAACGAGCCGUCGCUGAUUGUUUAAGCUCGUUGAUUCGGUUAAUGGAAUCGCCGAAACCGGCGGGGUUACAAGAGGCGGCAACGGCGGCUGCGAAGUCGUUGUUGACCGUUAGAUCAAAUCGGAAAGAGCUGAUAAGAGACGAGAAGAGUGUGAUUCGAUUAGUGCAAAUGUUAGAUCCGAGGAAUGAGAGAAUGGCGAAUAAAGAGCUUCCGGUGAUGAUUGUGACGGCGAUUUUAUCAGGCGGAAGUUACGCGGCGAGGACGAAGUUAAUUGGUUUAGGAGCUGAUCGUUAUCUUCAAACUCUAGAGGAAAUGGAAGUUUCCGGUGCUAAGAAAGCGGUUCAGAGACUCGCCGCCGGUAAUCGGUUAAAGAGUAUCUUCACCAGAGCUUGGAAAGAUCACUAAGGAGUACUAAAUAUUGUAACUGUUU